AAUUGUGAAAUUGCAGAAAUCUGCGUUUUUGAACGCAUUCGAAAUCAAUUCCGAUGCCUGGCAAAAUUUAACUCAAAGAGUGGGAGUCGGCUUUUUCGAAAUUAGUGUCCGCUGAAUCGGGGAUGUUUUUGUGAGUGGGAAGCUUUAUGAAUUCGUCUGGCGACGAAAAUGCUGCGUGUGACGCGGAGAACUCUGCUCUUGCGGGCACGGAUAUCGCGACGAUUUGCAGCAACCAGAAGGACGCCUUUUUUGAGGAAAAGGAUGCUUACGGCGGCAUCAUCGUCAAUUCACGUCGUCCCGAGCACGAGAGAAUCCUGUGCGAAGAACUACCUGAUAUUGUUAAUGCGUCAGUUGCCAAGUGGAUAGAAAAGGGGAUCAAAGGAGUCUGGUUCAAAAUUUUCUUGGAGCACACAGCGUGGAUACCUGUUUUAGUUGACAAUGGAUUUGUCUUCCACCACGCGAAAUCAAAUUACGCUAUGCUAGUACGUUGGCUUCCACUGGAAUUGCGAAUGGGGAUUCCAAAUUUCGCCCACACGUACAUCGGUGUUGGGGCCAUAGUAACUGACGGAGAUGGUCACAUUUUAGCUGUUCGAGACAAGGUGUCUUUCAAGAAACGUUUCUGGAAACUUCCUGGCGGCUACGUUGAUCCCGUGAAACUCGUGGGGUUUGCAGACGAAAGCUUAUCUGAGGCGGCGGAAAGAGAAGUUUUGGAGGAAACUGGUAUCACGGCCAAGUUCGAGACGAUCGUAGCGUUCAGACACUAUCAGCACGGGCCUUUUGACACGGCGGACAUCUACUUCAUUUGUGUUCUGCGUCCACUCAACAAAAUCAUACAAAAGUGCGAAGUGGAAAUUGAAGAGUGCAAAUGGAUGAAGGUCAGAAUUGAUGAAUUCAUGCAGCACCCGGCUGUUUCAGAGACGAACCGGUUUUUCAUAGAGUGCUACCUGAACGAGAAGAAGGUGGGGUCGAUUGGGCAGCGAACGAAAGUGAUACAGCAGUGGGGCACUCUGCAAGAUUUGUACUCUGUCACUCCUCCGGGGAAAACCGAGCUUCUUACGUGA